AGUCAAUUUGUGUGCAGCACAGCAAUCAGUGUCAGCUCGUGUGGCUGCUUGGUUAUUCGACAAUUCGCUCCCAAGCACCAAGCACCACUUUUCCUACACCCUUUGCACAAUGCUGGCGCGCCAGAUACGCUCCCAGAAGCGCUCGCUGCAGCAUGCGGCGGCCGCUGUGCCACGUGCUUCCACUGCGCUGCAGACGCGCUUCCUAUCGGCGCCCAUCUCCACUGAGGACCACGAGGAGGACGAGGAGGCCAUGAACUUCGGCGAACCCACAGGCUCUGAACAUGACACGCUCGACACGUACUUAACGACGCUCAAGAAGUACAACCCGCCCAUCAAGACGGGCUUAAAGGGUCUCAACAUCAUCCACGACCCGCUCUACAACAAGGGCACAGGCUUCCCUCACGUCGAGCGAGACCGUCUCGGUCUGCGUGGCCUGGUGCCGCCGCGUCGCCUGACGGUGGAGGCGCAGCUUACCAAGCUGUACGACACCUUCUGCCAGGAGAAGGACCCACUCAGCAAGAGCCGCUUCCUCACAGACCUGCACGACCGUAACGAGACGCUCUUCUUCCGUCUUCUGAUCAAGCACAUGAAAGAAAUGGCUCCCAUCGUGUACACCCCGACCGUCGGUGUUGUGUGCCAGAAGUUCGGUCACCUGUUCCGUCGCCCGCGUGGUAUGUUCUUCAGCACGCGUGAUCGCAGUCAGUUCGGCGCUAUGGUGCACAACUGGCCGUGCGACGACGUGGAGGUGAUCGUGGUCACGGACGGUAGCCGUAUCCUUGGUCUUGGUGACCUUGGCGCCAACGGUAUGGGUAUCCCUAUCGGAAAGCUGGCACUUUACACGGCUGCUGGUGGCAUUGACCCGCGCAAGGUCCUCCCGGUGAUGCUGGACACGGGAACCAACAACAAGAAGCUCCUCGAGGACCCGUACUACCUCGGUGUACAGCAGCCGCGUCUCACCGGUGAAGCCUUUUGGUCUAUGGUGGACGAGUUCAUGCGUGCUGUGCGUCACCGCUGGCCCAAGGUGCUCGUGCAGUUCGAGGAUUUCUCAAGCGAACACGCUGCUGAUGUGCUGAACGCGUACCGUCUGAAGCAGCUCUGCUUUAAUGAUGACAUCCAAGGCACGGGUGCCACGGUUCUGGCUGGCGCUCUGAGCGCAUGUGAGCGAGUUAACAUUCCGCUCAAGGACCAGCGCAUUGUAAUUCUAGGCGCUGGUAGUGCUGGUCUGGGCGUGGCCACCACGUUGCUCCAGGGCAUGCUACGUGAAGGUAUGACGACCGAGGAGGCUCGUGAGCGCUUUUACAUCCUCGACCAGCACGGACUACUGGGCGAAUCUCGCGAGUCUCUGAACUCGGGCCAACAGUUCUUCUCGCGCAAGGAUAUCGCUGACAAGACGAGUCUUGUGGACGUGAUCAAGCAGGUGAAGCCCACGAUGCUGAUGGGCCUGAGUGCUGCUGCCGGUGCCUUCACUAAGGAGGCUGUGGAAGAGAUGGCCAAGCACGCAGAGCACCCGAUUGUCUUCCCGCUGUCGAACCCCACGUCAGUGGCCGAGUGUACGGCUGAGCAGGCCUACGAGUGGACCAAGGGCAAGUGCGUGUUCGCCAGUGGCAGUCCGUUCGAGCCCGUCAUGUACAACGGCACGCAAUACAACAUUAGCCAGUGCAACAACAUGUUCAUCUUCCCAGGUGUGGGUCUCGCAUCGUCGGUGAUCCAGGCCACCCGCGUGACGGACGGCAUGCUCUACGCGGCUGCCAAGGCGCUGUCGCAGUGCAUGACUCCGGAGGAGAUUGCGAACGGCCAGGUGUUCCCGUCCGUGGAGAACAUCCGUGAUGUGUCGCUCAAGGUGGCUACUGCGGUCUGUGAGACUGCUAUUGAGGAAGACGUUGCCGGUUUCCGGCCGACGAUUCGCCGCGGCGGAACUCUGGAGGACUUUGUCGCUUCCAAGAUGUACUACCCAACGUACCACGCGCUGGUCGAGUAAGCGACCUAGGAGUAGCGCAUGCUUGGCUGAUGGAGAUACGAGUUUUUGAUAGUGCAUGAAAGCAACAGCUCGACGUCGACAGAACUCCACGUAUGCAUGCUCUGAAGCCAGCAGAGAAGUGCUGAAGUAAAUGUACACACACCUUCUAAUGGGUCACUAGGGCCCCACUUCAUUAAAGUAGGAGCAGCGCAAAAACCCAUUGAACUACUCUCCGUUCUCGUGCUGCUGGUAACGCCUCAGUGACGACACUGACGAACGGUAUAUUGCUCCGGGGCAAACUGCGAGGUGAUCGUAGUUGGGGCCUCAUCGACAAGGUUGCAUUGCAGCAAUAACGAAGCCAGGGAAUGAUUUGUAGCUUCAUUUUGCAACCAGCUCACCUGUUGCUAGGUGUGUUUGGAGCUAUCAGCGCAAAUUUCGACACAAGCACGUCGAAGAUAUCACCGUCGUCGUCGUCGCCCGUCUUGCGCACAGCGUGCAGACAGCCAGUAACGGAGCCUCGUGGGGCGUCGAUGUCUACUCCGCUGGCGUACUCGAACGUCUGACCCGGCGACAGUAGAGGUGUAGCGCCCACGAUUCCAGGUGAAUUCCGUGGAAGCGCGAUCCUUUGGCCCUUCUCGCUCUCGAACGUGUAUUGGCGUCCCAGUAUCUGAAUCGAGCACCCCUCAUCUAGAAUACACAAACGAACGUGUGAACAUGCGUAGUCUCAUGGAGCAGCAAUUGACACGAUUAGAAGAUCCUUACUUUGGUUAGUGAUGGUAACCCGGUACGUGAAGCGGUAGGUGUUCGAGGCUGGGUUGCUGUGGCUCUGCACAUACUUACUCGAUGCCUCGAUGCGGAUACCGUCUGUCACAGUCACUGUAAACAUCAAACAACAAGCAAUUGCCUAUCAGGAACCCACAACCAUCCCACUCAAUUAUGAUCAAACGUACCGCUGGAGCACUGAGCUAACAAAAGUUGGU